GGGGCAGCCCCCGGCGGGGUCCUCGGGCGCAGGCGUGGGGUCCUCGGGCGGAGCCGGGGAGCGGGGAGGGGGCGGCUAUGUUGGGCCGCGGGGCGGCGGGGGGCUGCGGCCUCCUGCUGCGGGCGGCGAGCCGGGCCCUGAGCCUCAGCCACAGCCGGGGGACGGUGGUGGUGGAGCGAUGGUGGCAGGUCCCGCUCAGCAAAGAGGCGAGGCACCGCAUCUACAGGCUGCUGGAGGACAGCAAGCACCUGCCCAAGACGAAUUUGGAGCUGAUCCUCAGCCAGUCGGUGGAGAAUUUGGGGAACCGGGGAGACAUGGUCAGUGUGAAGAAAUCGGUGGGUCGUAACAAGCUCCUGCCCCAGGGGCUGGCUGUCUACGCCUCGCCGGAGAACAGGAAGAUGUUUGAGGAGGAGAAGAAAUUACGCCAAGAAGGGAAGCUGGAGGCACUCCAAACCCAGAGUGGAGAGAAGACCAUCAAGUUCCUCAAGAGCUGCCGCCUCGAGGUGGGCAUGAAAAACAACGUCAAGUGGGAGCUGAACAACGAAAUCGUGGCUCGCCACUUCUUCAAAAACCUGCGGGUUUUUGUGCCUCCCCAUGCGCUGAAGCUGCCGGAGGAGCCCAUCACCAGGUGGGGCGAGUACUGGUGCGACGUGACGGUGAACGGGCUGGAGACGGUGCGGGUGCCCAUGUCCGUGGUGAAGUUCUUGCGGCCCAAGACCAAGCGCUACAAGCACUGGCUGGCACAGCAGCAGGCCCAGCUGGCGGCGCGGAGGGAGGCACUGCUCUGAGCCCGGGGUGGGGGCCCCACCAGCCCCCCUGGACCCCAGUUUGCUACCGGGCACCGCUCCUGGCCUCCCCAGCUCCUCCUGGAUCCGGCCCAGCAGCUCUGGCUGGGUGAAGUACGCUGCGGGGGGGUGGGCAGAGGGGUGAGUGGGAGGCCGGACCCCCUCCCCGCUGCCCCACCCCCCCAGUGCCACCCCCCUCACCUGCGGCGAACUCCAGGACAUCGUCAGGUCGCUGGAGCAGCAGCUCCCUGCAAGGGGGGGGGCAGGGGUUUGGGGGCCGUUUUCGUGUGGUUUCCCGCAACGGAAAAUGGCAAUUUUUUUUUUUUUU